AUGGCACCCUCUGCCAAAGCACUCAGGGAAGCUCUCAUUGAGGGUACUUGCGACGUCUUCAAGCUGGAGCCAGACACAACGUCUGUCAACAAAGUGCGCCACCACGUUGAGCAAAAAUUGGACCUUGAAGAGGACUUCUUUUCGGGCAAAGACUGGAAGCAAAAGAGCAAGGAAGUCAUCAAGGAAUAUGUCGGCAAAUUGCUAGACGGCUGGACGCCUGAGGAGAAGAAGAAAACGGAUUCGAAAGCUCUCAAAAAGAAACAAACAAAGGUCGAGGAUCCAGAAGACGACGCGACGGGCUCUUCCUCGCCAGAACGAAAGCGAAAGCGCACUGCAGUCGACCCUUCCAACGAUGACGACCUAGAUGGCGAAGACGAGCCCAACAAAAAAGCCAAGUCCGAGUCGAAAUCGCCAGACCACGUUGUCGAUGAAGAAGAAGAAGAGUACUCGGAUGUUAUUGACGAGCCAGCCACCUCGAAGCGCAAGAAGACAAAGAAGGAGCCGGGACAAAAACAGGCCCCCAAGGCCCCGAAGCCCGCCAAGUCGGCCGCUGCGAAAAGGACCAGCGCCGCAGCGGUGGCAGAGCCCUCUGACCCGCUCGAGGCCGAGGUCAAGAAGCUGCAGGGCCAGCUGGGCAAGUGCGGCGUGCGCAAGCUCUGGCACCACGAGCUCAAGGACUGCGACGACGCGCGGGCCAAGAUUCGGCACCUGAAGAGGAUGCUCGCCGACGUCGGCAUCGAGGGCCGCUUCUCCGAGGCCAAGGCCCGCGAGAUCAAGGAGACGCGCGAGCUCCUGGCCGACGCCGAGGCGGCGCAGGAGAUGAACCGCCUCUGGGGCAUGGACUCGGGCGGGCGCAAGAGCCGCCACAAGAGCAGCGGCCGCGGCAAGACGGUGGUGGAGAGCGACGAUAGUGAUGCCGAGAAUGGAAAUGACCACCAAGAGGAAGGUGGCGGUGAUGGCGACGAUGACGAAGGUAAGAACGAGGUACACCAAGGAAACGGCAAAGAUGACGAGGACGAGGACGAGGAUGUCAGCUUCGCGGCGAGAAGACGCAGAGCGCAUGCGGAUUUGGCUUUUCUGGGCGACGACAGCGAUUCUGAUUGA